CAUCUUCCUUAGAAAACCUCCAAAAAUCUUUAUCAAAAUUUUACCAUCAGACAUAAUAACUCAGUCAAUUAAAAUUGAUGCGCAAGCACAGAAAGUUUAUGACCUUUCCAGCCAGCAAGUCUGAAUAGCCAAAGUCUUUAAAUACGGUAUGUGCAAGGGGGUACCUUAUCAAUUAUCCUUUAUAUCGAGAUAACCAUAAUGAUGUGGACCCGAACAAGACUCGCCCUACGUAGCAUUGCUAGAUCACAAAGCCUGAACGGUAAGCGCAGCAGCAUGAAGGAACAGCUGUCGGCGAAGCAGCACGAGCGCAACGAGAAGAAGAAAAAGAAGCUGGCGGCGCUGGCGAAUCUGAUGGAGCUGAACGACCGCGAUCGCCUGCACGAGGCGGAGCUGGCCAAAAAGCGGGAUGCCGAGGUGGCGGAGGCCCAGGCGGAGGGGGAGAAGUCGCCGGAGGACGAGGACGACGGCUUCAUCACGGUGGGCAGCAAGCGGAAGUCCCGCAAGCGGAACGCCAACCGCAGUGACCAAAAUCCCGAAGAGGCGGAGGAUGCAGGAGGAGCUCCUGCUGAUUCUGAGCCAGUGGUCAAGAAAGGCCGCAAGGAGCAGGCCGGAGGAGGCGACAGCCUGCCCCAGGAGAUCACCUCCCUGUCCGAGGAGCAGUACAAGCAGCUGUCGGCGGAGCUGCGGCGCCGCAAGCGCCAACUCGAAGAUGUUCCCGGCCUGAGGCUGCGCGAGAUGGGCCAGCGCGCCUCCCUGGAGACGCCACAGCAGGCGCGCACUCCCAUCUUCCUCACAGACAUCCAGAACCUGCUGAUGUCCGCCCUGAUUGGCCAGAAGAGCCCCUGCCGGCCGGAUCGGUGGUGCAGCGUGGAGAAGUGGCUCAGCCUGUCGCACAGCGUGGUGGUCAUCCUGGAGGGUCUAUCUCUGUAUCACUACCUCUCCAACGAGAGCAAAUUCGAGGCCACCAACAAGAUAUUCAGCACCAAGCUGGAGAUGCUUCUGCCGCCGCAGGACGAGGGUCAGAUCAUCGACGAGAUAGCCAAGAUACCCCUCACCAAUGUGCAGGCUCGCCAGCUGAUCGACGAGCAUGGUUCCCUGGAAUCUGCCGUGGAGCUGAACAAAGAUCCUACACUUUUCGUGAAGACCAUCUUCCCCAUUGAAAGCAAAGCGACGGCACCGCCGGAUGACCUGCACAAGGAUGACAAGUUUCCGCGCACCAAACUCCUUCUAUCCGCCCUCCAAAUGGUCGACGAGGGCUAUCCCAUACCGCUGCAGGGCGAGCUGCACGCCCGCUUCCAGAGCUUCAAGUUUACCAAGAAAGCGUAUGAGCCGGUGACCAACCGCAGUCCCAUGUUCGGUGUCGAUUGCGAGAUGUGUCAAACGGAGGCGGGCUUUAACGAGCUAACGCGUAUUUCCAUUGUAAACGAACGCUAUCAGACGGUGUACGAAACGCUGGUGAUGCCCAAUAACAAGAUCACCGACUAUUUGACCCAGUACUCGGGCAUCACGGAGGAGAUCAUGAAGAAGGUCACCAAGACGCUGAAGGAUGUGCAGAAGGAGGUGUCCGAAUUGCUGCCCCCGGAUGCUAUACUAGUAGGCCAGUCGCUGAACUCCGAUCUGAACGCCAUGCGAAUGAUGCAUCCGUAUGUGAUUGAUACCAGCGUGUGCUUCAAUAUUUCCGGCGUGCGAAGGCGCAAGAGCAAACUGAAGCACUUGGCCAAGACCUUCCUGAAGGAGAUUAUCCAGGAGAACGACGACGGUCACGAUUCCAUUGAGGAUUCGCGAGCCACGCUGAAGCUCGUCAAGAUGAAGCUGGCCAACAGCAUCGAGUUCGGCGAUGAGAUUCUCACACAGCAGAAGCGAUUGCAGGAGCUGGCGAACGCCUCGAGCGGCGACACCAUCAGCAAUAACCUAUUCGCCCAUGUGGCCAAGCGGGAUAAGCGCACGGCCAUCGUCACGGUCGGCGAUUUGCAGCCGCGGCUCAAGGAUGUCAUUGAAAAGGCAGGCGAGGCGGCUCCCAAGGACAACAGCCUGGCAGUGCGGGUCCACGAGGUGUCCACCUCCAAGGAGGCCGUGCGCAAGGUCAAUGAAAUUGCCUUGGAAAACGCCCUCACAAUUGCCAAUCUUCGCGUGCCCGAGCAGGACUUUGUGUUGGAGAACGCGGAGCGAAAUGUGGCCAAACUGGACAAGACCAUCGAUCGCCUUUGGAAUUCGGUUGCGCACAACGGACUCUUCCUUGUGCUCAUGGGCGGCUCAACGGAGUGCAGCAAGGGCUUGGCCAAGAUAGCCAUUAAGCGCUUGAACGGAUCGGAACAGACUAGUGCGCCCAUCGGAAGUUAGAAAACGAAUGAGAAUAUAUAUGUCUCCUGUUAUCCCUAUUGCUACCCCAGUCCUUCUGCCAGCGGGACACACUCUGGAAAAUCGUUUCCGGUUUCUGGUGUGUCCGCUGGCCAGUCGGAGUCCCGCAGCGGAUUUAAAUUUGCCGUAUCCAUCCCCAAGACAUGACCAACAAUUGUUUCACCACACACAAAUCGAAAAUGCGCUACAUGAGCUUAUCUAUGGAAAAUUGUCAAAUUAACAAAAAAAAAUUCCCUCAAAAACGAAUAAUAAAAUGUACAUUUAUUUUUUUCACAAAA